AUGGCUCCUCUUUCGCUGCAGUCUACCUACAAGUUGGUCUCGGGCUACGAAAUCCCCGUCGUUGGAUUCGGAGUUUACCAAACUCCCUCCGAUGUCACCGAGAAAGUGACUCGCAAGGCCAUUGAGCUCGGAUACCGUCAUGUCGAUAGCGCUAAAGUUUACGGAAAUGAACUGGAAAGUGCCGCCGCCAUCCGUGCGUCUGGACUUGAGCGCUCGCAGAUCUUCUAUACUAGCAAGGUGCCCUCCAAAUCCAUGGGAUACGAAAAGGCAAAGAAGGCCAUUGAGGAAAGCAUCGCUGCGGCAAACCUUGGCUACAUUGACCUUCUAUUGAUUCACGCACCCUAUGGCGGUAAGGAGGACCGCCUUGGCACAUGGCGCGCACUCGUGGAGGCCCAAAAGGCAGGUCAUGUCCGCUCGCUAGGUGUGUCCAACUUUGCUAUCCAGCACCUCGAGGAGUUGGAAGAGUACAUCAAGAGCGGAGCGGGCGGACAAAUCACUGUCGGUCAGUACGAGAUCCACCCGUGGUGCCCACGCGAUGAUAUCGCGGAAUGGCUGCAGAAGCGCAACAUCGUUGUCGAGGCAUACUCUCCCCUCGUGCAAGCGACCCGCAUGAAGGAGCCUGUUCUGCAGAACCUAGCUAAGAAGCACGGUAAGACCGAGGCUCAGAUUUUGGUCCGCUGGAGUUUGCAGAAGGGAUAUGUGCCCCUGCCUAAGUCGGUGACCGAGUCUCGCAUUCUAGAGAACUCGCAGGUCUUCGACUUCACACUGUCGGAUGAGGACAUGGCCAGCCUGAAGCUCAACACGUACGAGCCCGUCUGCUGGGAUCCCGUCCGUGACUGCAAGAUCUAA